AUGCAGUUCAUACCUGAAGAAACAAAGUCUGGCUGGUUGACCAAACAGGGCGGCAAUGCUCUACGGAAAACAUGGAAAAAACGAUGGUGUGAAGUGAAAGGAAAUUAUUUGUACUAUUAUCGUCAACAGGGUGCUUCUGAACCAUCAGGCGUAAUCCAUCUCUCUUCUUACAAUGCCGUAGUUCACGACCCCUCGGCUACUAAAAAAUCACAGUAUUGCAUUCGUAUCGAAAAACUCGCACGUUCAUCCGACUCUGUACGCUCAACACUUAGUUAUCGUGAUGUCAAAUCUCCAAAUUCAUUUAUCGCCUAUGCAGAAUCCGAAGGGGAGAUGCGACAGUGGAUUGCAAUACUCCAAAAACGAGUAGGUGAUCGAAAUAUUGUUGAUAUUGUGCUCGAUCGAUUGGACUUGAACGCAAGUGGUCAUAGAAGACAAGGAAGUUAUGGUUCAUUGGGUUCAUUCUAUUCUCGUAAUGGAAGUAUGAACGGUUCAUCGUCAACUUUAUCAUCACGACGACCUUCUUUAGAUUCAUUGAGUGAAGAUACACCUUCACUGGAUUCUCGUAAAAGUUCAAUAGAUUCAAUGCACAGUGGAUAUCAAACUGGAGAACGUCCAAUCUCUACGAUUGUACUACCAUCUAUAACACAACAACUUCAAAGAUCUCGACCUCAAUCACCUAACCUUGGCAUAGGACAACCAAUUCUUCGUAAACCUGCUUCUCAUUCAUGUCUCCAAGAUAGAAGAACAAUUCCUCCUUCUGUCAAUACAUCUGUUCACUCACGAAAACUUUCGCUUUCAUUUAAAGAUGUAAGUGCAACGUCUUGUCAUCCAAGUGCUCCUCUGAUUAUGGUACACGGUGAUAAUUCAAAAUACACGACGUCGCCUAAUGUUGUAUUCUUUCCGGAUCGUAAUAUAAGAAUGAGAAACGAGGUGGAGAGUAAAGUUAAUAUACAUUCUUCAUCAUCUAUUCGUCUGAAUUCAUUCGAAUCAUUCAACAAUUCAAAUGAUUUAUAUAAAAAGAAAGAGGAGGACAUAGUUCUCGGUUCUCCGGUGACUCCGAUCAGAAAUGUGUUUCCGAGUCAUCUAUCAGAUAGCAAGUGA